CCUUCUAGGAAGUAGCAACAGAGAACACUCGAUCCAACCUUUGCUCAACAUUUCACCAUGACACGGGCAAAGCAAGAACUAGAAUGUUAAUUCUGAUGCAAUGUUUGCAGAUCGACAGAAAACAAAGUCUUAAAUAAAAGGGAUUUGUCAAAGAACAGAGCCUCAUUGGAUUGUGACAGCAGGACUGUGGGCAGUAUUUCGGGUUUAACAAUCCUCACAAGAAGGAUCCUGCCACUCAAUUCUGCCAUCUAGUGGAGCUUUCCGGAACAGCAAGCCUCAGACAGAGACUCCCCUCAUCCGGGGAAAUGCCUGCCCUGCAGCAUCUCUCCUUCACAUCUCAUUUCAGCUCUGCCCAUUAACCACAACACAAACCAGAUGGUGAGAAAAAUGAAAUCCAUCAAUCCAAAGCUGCCACGGAUCUUAUAGGAAGUGAGACACAUUCGGCAGAUAGUCUCACAAUUCAGGAAUUUAUGAAAAUCUUGAAGCAAUAGACGGGCCUCAUCUUUCUCACCUAAAAGAACAAAGCCAGAUGGCUUUACAAAGAAAUGCAACGGCUCCACCAACAACUACGCUUCUAAAUGUGACUACACUCGACCCGACGGGGAAAUCCAGCAGUCACAACUGGGAGUUCUUGGUGGCGGUUGUGGUCACAGCCAUCUCAAUCUCCAUUAUUAUCGCAAUUCUGGCCAAGUGUCAGGUGGUUCGGCAGUACCUGGCCAGCUACAGGCACAAGCGGCUAAGAGACGCAGACGUUAGCAGCCAAGCUGAGCCAUCAGAUUUUGAGGCUGGCUUUGACAUGCGAGGACGCUAUGGAAUGGACCGUAACUGUGUCCCGCCCAUAGCUGAGGAGGAUGAUGAUGGCUUCAUUGAAGACAACUACAUUCCCACCAAUGAGAGGGCCAGAGCUGAGAGAGCAGCAGAGAGCCUGGACACAGACACAGAGGAUGACAUGGACGAGAUAGAGUUCUCCAUUGCUUAGUCAAAGUGUUGAAGAACUCAGAACCUCUGAUUGAAAAGUUCUGGUUGAGCCGGAAACCAGGAGGAGACCUGACUUCCACUUGUUCUUCUAUGUGUCUUUAAUCGAAGUAAAACAUCUGAAGUACAGAAGCUAAAUAUGGUUUGAUUAAAAUAUUAUUAAAUAAUGCUGUUAAUCUGUGUGUGGGGGGUUUAAGGUGGACUUGAUUUUAAUUUUGUUUUGAGCAAGCUUGGAAAAAUCUCUCUCUUUUUUUUUUACCAGGUAGUUAGGUCCAUACAUUUCAAAAAUAAUUCGUUCACUUCAACACAAAAUCUGGUUAAAGUUUUUAAUCUAUGGGAUUUUAUUUAGUUUUUACCUCUAUUUAUUUUUAAAUUAUCUGUAUUUCUGACCCAACUGACUGAAAUCUGGUGCUUUUAUUUGCUUCAGUUCAACCUAAGCAUUUCUUUCCUUUUAACACAUUUUGAAACCAUGCAUGCAUUAAACAUCAAACCAUAAUAUUUCCACCACCAUGCUUCACUAUGACCAUUCGUUUCGUGAGUCUAUUUACAAUGGAUUGUGCAUGUUUCUGCAGCCAAAAUGUCUGAAUUGUACUUUUGUGAUGACUUUGACAUUGAGCAUGUCAAGUCAUAUAUUAACUCUAAAAAAAAAUAAAAUAAAUGACACUGUUUGGACUUAUUACCGUGUUUAAAAGAGAAAUUCCGUUUUGGCAAGUAUCUUGUUCAUAAAAGGAAAACACAGAUUUACUAAGCUAACAGGAAAACUUUUAGUAUCUUUUUAAUAAUAUCAAAAUAAGAACUUGCUCAGAUGUAUCAUGAAUGACUAAUCUUAAAACAGAAUGAUUUAGCCUAAUGUAAUAGAGCAAAUAGAAAUAUUUUUAUAGAUGGUUCAGCAUCUCACAAUUUAAACAGUAGCAGUAGCUAUAGAACAUUUAGAUAUCAGACGGUUAAUUAGGGAAAAAUAGGCCAUGUUUGCAUGUUCUAGGUUUUUUUUACAGUGUACAUAUAAAUGUCAGGCACUUAAAAUAACAUUGAAUGAUUGUUUUUCCUGUUUGCUAUUUUUUUUCUUUUCUAAUAUUUUGUAACUCUUGGUGACCUGGAAUGCUGCAUGAUUUCUAAUGUUGUUUUAUUGUCAAAUAAAAAAUAAAAAAAACUUCAAAAA